AUGAAUUCUCAUCAAAGGAAAGAAGCUUUCUUUGAAUUGCAGAAAGGAGUCAGUGGAAAUAAAGAUGAUGAAAAAAUAAAAUACAUUUUGAAUGAUGGAAAUAAUUUUUAUAACUCCGAUAGAGGGGAUUUAUGUGAUAUAUUGAGAGGACUACAAUAUUAUAGAAAGAAUUUAACCAAUUUAGACCUGUUAAUUCAAAUUAAGAAUGUAAUAAUAAAAUUUAUAAAAAGUUUAGAGGAUGAUUUACAUGAUCAUAUACAUAAUGAAAAAAAUAAUUUUAAAGAUAUGUAUGCAAAAAGUAUAACAUUAAAAAAUAGUAAAAUAAUUGGUAGUUUUAAAAAUAAUAUGUAUCUAAAUAAUUGUGUAAAUAUCGACUUAGGUAUUGAGUAUGAUUUAAAUACAAAGAUGGGGAAAAAAUGUAAAUAUAGAAAUUUUCACAUAUACCAUAAUAUGUACAUAAAUUUAAUGAAAUACUUAUUUUAUAAAAAAGAUUUUAUGAACGAGAUCAGGAAAUCAAACAUUUCGUAUGAUCUGGACAUUUGUAUAAGCAUAAACACUUGGACAAAUAGGUGUAAAUCUAUUUUAGUGUUUACCAUUAACAAACAGAAAAAGUACGUUGGAAGCAUCAAUGUGUUAUUGUACCCUUCGAGGAAAGUUUCUUCUAGCUUUUUGUAUGUAUACAACAAAUACUACGCCAAAUGUGAGUAUAUUCCUAAUGAAAAGGAGUUUGAUGAUAAAGAUAGCCCUAUCGAAAACGGUAGUAGCAAAAGUAUGGGAAACAAAGGUGCAAUAACACAUGUAAUGAGCGAAAAGAAGGGCUCAAAAAAGGGGGACGACGAGAAGAGGAAGAAGAAGAAGAGCAAAAAGAAGAACAACAAGAACUCAAGCAACAACAGACACAGGAACAACAUGGACGAGGGGAGUAUUAAAAGAAAAGUAGACUUUAUGUGCACAAAACGAAUGAUGCUGAAGAAAUUUCUUAUAACAGAGUGCCAUAUCCUUGAGUGUGAUGAGUUAAUAAAAAGAACGAGUAAACAAUUUGAGGGAUAUAAAAAGGCCGUUAAACUUUUAAAAUUAUGGUGCAGGAAUAAAAAGUUGUUAUAUACAUUUUCCACAUAUGAUGAAAAUAAUAACGUAAAAUUUAAAUAUCAUGAGAAAUACAAAUUUUCAAAUUUCUUUUACUAUUCCGACGUUAGUUCGUUUAUACUUGGACUGUUAUGCAGUUUUGUUUGCUUUACUUAUAAAUUAGAAAAUUGCGAGUUUUUUGAAAUUUUUAAAAAAACUAUUAAUUUUAUCAGUUCUAUGAAUUUGUGCGAACAUUUUUAUGAGUAUCAAAAUGGGGUAUACAAAACUUCUGAACAGUGCAGGCGAAGAUCAUCACAACGAUCUAAAGAGCAGCAACAAGAAGAGAAACAACAAGAACAGAAGAGGGAACAGAAGAAGGAGCAAAAAAGGGAAAAAAGUAAAGAACAAGGAGAACAGGAUAGUGGAAAACAAAAGGAACAACAGAAGGAACAACACAGCGAACAACGAACACAACAAAACGAAGGGACACACAUUUUUUUAAUAAAUUCCACGUACGAAAUUUUUCAAAACAGCUCACAUUCCCUUAUGGAAUUAAUAGAAGAAGCGAAAAAAGCCGAGUACUAUCUAAAGUGUAGCGAUUUUUAUGAACUUUUUGCCUCCAACAGUGAUUGUUUUCCCCUUAAUUAUGAAGAAGAAAUAUUUUUUCCCUUACUUGUUAAUAAUAAUAUUUCUAAUUAUAAUGAACAAAUUGGCUGUUUAAAAAAAAAAUUAAUAAAAGCAUUAUCAGACAGGGUUGAGGAGCUAACGUUUCGUUUGGUUUCCUUUGAUUUUUACGAAAAAGGUAGUACCACUGGAUUUUGCAUUGGGUCCGCCACUGGUGAUGCACGUACACACGGUGAAAGUAUAAUUGAUGAUUCCCCCAUUUUAACAAUUUUUCAAGAUAUUCUCUUCAACAAGAAGAGAAAACAAAUGAAAGGGGAAAAAGAUAAAGGGGAAGACCCAGACGAGGGAAGAAAAAAAAAUAGCGAUAAAGUGGAAGAUGAAGAAGCCGAGCCAGUGAGCAAACGUGUUCUGACAAAAAGAGUUUUACUCGGUGUUUCCUUUUUUAUAAACACGAAUAACACGAUAAGAUAUAUGGACGUAUCGAAAGUUCUGUACAACCCUGGAAGAACGUCGAAUUUUAAAAAAUUCUGGACAGACAAGGUAAAAAUUAGGAGAUUCGAAAAUAACACCAUUUUUGAAGUACUCAUGUGGAAAAAACCAGCAAAAAUGAUUUUGAUGAAAAAAGGAAAAAAAAGAAAAAAAAAAGAAAAAUACGAACAUGACUUUGAGCGUGCGCGUGGUAGCGAAAGUGGUAGUGACAGUGGUGAUGAUAAUGAGAAUGCAAAUAAAGGUGAGAUGGAACACGACGAUAAACAGGACGAUAAACAGGACGAUAAACAGGACGAUAAACAGGAUGAUAAGCAGGAUGAUAAGCAGGAUGAUAAGCAGGAUGAUAAGCAGGAUGAUAAGCAGAAUGAAAAACAGGAUGACAAACAGGACGAUAAACAAGAUGAUAAGCAGAAUGCCAAACAAGGUGAUAAGCAGAAUGCCAAACAAGGUGAUAAGCAGAAUGCCAAACAAGGUGAUAAGCAGAAUGCCAAACAAGGUGAUAAGCAGAAUGCCAAACAAGAUGAUAAGCAGGAGGAUACGCUUGAGCAUGAACAGGAAAGGAAAAAACGAAAGGCGGAAAAAUGUAGCUUAAAUAGCGGAGAAAUGGGCAAAAAGAAAAAACCACAGGAGGAUGGUUCCGAUGCACUGAGUGAGCAAAAUAAUGAAAAUAAAAAGUAUAGAAGCUGUCGUGCGAACAGUGAGAGCGGUAGCACCACGUCCUCCAACGGAAGUUACACAGGAAAUAGUGGAAGGAUCUACCAUGAUGAUAAUUUUUGCAAUUGGAAUAGCAGUGAACUAACGAAACAGAGUUAUAAUAAGAAAAAAGCUGAAGAAGAUAUGGGAAAUUUCGUGUUUGAUGCACUAUUUAGUGAGUUAUAUGAGAACAGAACAAAAUCUGUACACGUUCAGGUAAUUCAGUACAUUUUAAAAACAAUGAAAUAUAGGGAAUCAAGUGAUUUGAAAAAAACAUUAUAUGAAAAAAUAAAAUAUAUAAAGACAAAUGACAAUUUCUUGUAUUGUGGAAAAAGAAUAAAAAAUAAAUCUUUUUAUGUGUACUUUUCUAAUCCAUUAUUAGUGAAAGAUAUACAUUUUAACUAUUACGAAGCUAUAUUAGAAUAUUAUAAUGAAAUUAAGGGUAUCCUAUAUAACAUUAAUGAGAAAUUAUUUUCUAUAUGUAACAUGAAUAGUUCAGAAAAUUUAUUAAAAAUGACAGAUAUAGGAUAUAAGAAAAAUUAUACCAAAAUGAUAGAUGUUGUGGUUGAUAUAAAAUUUUCGAAUAAUAUUUAUAAAAAUGCACAUUUAUUUUUUAAAAAUUAUGAAAUAGCAAAAGGAAUUAUAAAGAGUAAGCUCCAAACAGAGAGCAAAUCAUUUGUAAAAAUAGAGCAAAGAAAUUUUUGUAUUGAUGUGUUCUGUAAAUUAACAGUCUUCAGAUUGCAUAUAUUUAUAAGUAAAAUAAUUGAAAAAAAUUUAAUACAAAUAACAAACUUAGAUGAUAUGAAAAUUGAACACGUUGAAAAUAUAGAAAAAAUUAAAAAUUAUAUAUACAAACCUAUGAUGUCUUCUUUUAUUUAUUAUUAUGCGACUAAAUUUUCAUCAUUCCAUAUGUCUAUAAAAAUAUGUAAAUUAUGGUUUGCCUCUAAAGGUAUUUCCUGUUAUGACGAGUUAGUUGAACAUAUUUUGUUUUAUAUAUAUACAGAAGAAUUUAGAAAGCACAACAUGAUGAAUAAAUUCUUUGUUCAUAAUCAUAUGCCCAUUGGUAAUGAGGGACUUAGAAAAUUUCUGGUGCAUUAUGGAUAUUUACGCAUGAUGGAACAGGAACAACAGGAAGAAAGCAAAAUGUAUUACAAUUAUUUAGUUAAGAGGGUGGAAAUGCAAAGAACCAAUAUUGUAACAGCCAAUGAUAUGCAUAGUUUUAACGAAACGGGGGAAGAAAAUUUUGCCAAGUUCACCAAAAAGGAAAAGGAAAAUGUUGGAAUUAGCGCGGAUGAAUACAAGGACGAAACCACCGACUUUAAUGAAUUCUUUGAAAGUAGAGAGGAACAAAAAAAGCGGUCCAACAGGGUCAAAGAUGGUCCAACAGGUUUAAGUAGUGGAAAUGGCAGUGGCAAUUAUGACUAUGGUAAUGCUCACGCAGCGAGGGGGAAAAAGAGAACUAACGGUCUAUCACCCAUGUUUAAACUGAAAAAAAUAGAAAUGGAGGAAGACGUGUAUAUGGACAGCUUUUCCUUUUCGUCAAAAAUUAUUCUUAUAAAAUUUUUAAAAUUUCUUAUUAACUAUGAAUGGGAGACUAGACCACUGAUAGUAGAUUAUGAUAACUCCUUAAGUGAGGAGCAUAAAACCAAGUUGACUAGUUCAUUUGUGGAAAGAAAAAAAAAAAAAGAGGAAAAAAAAAAAUUCUGGAUAUGUUCAGUAUAUGACCCACAUUGUACUUUAAUUUCCUUGCCUCAUCAGCUAUUCGAUUUGAUAAUAAAUUUUGCAAACAAUUCUUUGCAAAUGAUAAAAAAUUUACACAAUAAUUUUGAGAGGGAUAACUGGAUGUCCUUAUUCUUAAUAGAUAAAAGAAAUUAUGAUAUCAUUUUGGAUAUUCAUAAAGCUACUACUGCGCUUAGAAUUUUCAAGAAAAAGAUGAAAAUGGCGGAAACGAAUAGCAAAAAAAGAAAGGUACAGGUUAAUGAUAGCCGAAAGACAUCUGUUGAGAACAACCGGAGUGUACCUUCUUGUACAGAUAAAAACAAAAGCAACAGAAAAACGCAAGAAAAGAAGGAUACAAAUGAACAACAACAGAAGGAUGAAGCAAAGGACGAACAUAAAGAUGGUGUAAAAGGACAAGUAGGAGAAGGAGAUGAACGAGUAGAAGAAAAGAAUGAUAAUACUGGCAGAAGCAUAGAUGAGGAACUAUACAAAAUAGAUGAGGAAUAUGACUUAGACUAUUUAGAUAAUAUAACGAAUAAGAAUGAAACACCAUCAAAUAUUGUAUGCAAUUUGAAAAGAUGUGAAUUGGUGCAUAUAUAUAAAACUCAUUUUUAUAAUUUUAUAAAAAAUUUAGAGACUAAAUUUUCAUCUGAAAUAACAAUAUUAUAUAAUCCCUUAUGUUUUAAUGAAAUUUUAAAUGUUCAUAAUUUUCGGAAAAAAAUUAAACGAAAAUUAAACAACGUAUUUUCAAAUAGAUAUGCGAGUAUUCAUAAAUCAUGGACACCCAAUAUUUUCAUUACGUUCAACCCGUCCUUUGUUAUAAAUACGCAGAUGGGUAACCAGGAAAAUUGUCAAGAAAAGAAUAUGACUGAUGAUACAAAUUACUCCCUCGCUCUUAACAAUUUUAACGUUUUAUUGUUUUAUAUAAAAAAUAACUCGCGAGAUUUUCUGCGGGGGAUUCAUUUCCCGACCGUCUAA